AGGUACCCAUGUUUUCAGUGAUCAUCUUUUUUCUAAGUGAUUGUUUUCUAAGGAGAGAUUGUAACGUGAUCUUAUGUUGUUACAGGAAUGGAAGCAUUAGAAACCUGUAUAGGUUAUUGGGAGGAUGCCUUAUCCUCCUACAGAACCAGGGAAGGCAGCAUAGCGGCUGUUUUGUCAGGAGAUGAAGCAGCCUUCUGUGAUGAUCUACGACGUCUGUUGGAAAUGGCUGUAGAUCUACAAGAAAAUUCUGAAGCCCUGUUCCUAGACGAAAGGUCGGUUCUCUUCCGAAGAGACUCACAGUCCAAUGGAAGAGCCUCAGCCCAGGCAGCUGGAUUUGAUACGGAUCUUUCUGGCGGUAGAGAGUUUCGCAUCUGCUCAAGACGUGGUCGCAGAUCUACGUGAGUUUGAAGAAUUUGCGGAAUAUUUCCCAGAUGUGGAUGCAUAUCCUUUGUACCAGUCCGCUCUACGAAGGUUAGAAGGUACUACGAAUGAUGGUUCUGGAGGUAUACCUUGUCGCACGCUACGUACUGAGGUGGUUAGAUGCGGUGGAGACGGAGAAUAUUUGGCAAAACUGCACUGCCUACGAUUGGCUUUUCAGCAUUUACUCAAAGAUGCUGGGAGGUACGCUUGGUUUGCAGACUGCUGGAAGGCAGGUUUUGGCUGAUCUUUUGCUGUAUGCCGACAAAGAUCCCAAAGAUUUCCUUAUAGGUGUGUACCACAAACAGAAUUACAUUGCAAUUUUCUAAAGUAUCCUAGCUCUUCUCCCGCCUACGCACUUCUUCC